AUGGCUCUGGGGCUGCUUAUCGCCGUGCCGUUGCUGCUGCAGGCGGCGCCCCCCGGGGCGGCGCACUACGAGAUGAUGGGCACCUGCCGCAUGAUCUGCGACCCGUACAGCGCGGCACCCGGCGGCGGCCCCGCGGGCGCCAAGGCUCCACCGCCCGGACCCAGCACUACCGCCCUGGAAGUCAUGCAGGACCUGAGCGUCAACCCUCCGCCCCCUUUCAUCCAGGGACCCAAGGGCGACCCGGGGCGACCCGGCAAGCCGGGGCCGCGGGGACCCCCGGGAGAGCCGGGCCCACCUGGACCCAGGGGUCCCCCGGGGGAGAAGGGCGACUCGGGGCGGCCCGGGCUGCCUGGGCUGCAGCUGACGGCGGGCGCGGCAGGCGGUGUCGGGGUGGUGGGUGGCGGAACCGGGGGCGGCGGCGACUCUGAGGGCGAAGUGACCGGCGCGCUGAACGCCGCCUUCAGCGGUCCCAAGAUCGCCUUCUAUGUGGGUCUGAAGAGUCCCCAUGAGGGCUACGAGGUGCUCAGAUUCGACGACGUGGUCACCAAUCUCGGCAAUCACUACGACCCCACUACUGGCAAGUUCAGCUGCCAGGUGCGGGGCAUCUACUUCUUCACCUACCACAUCCUCAUGCGCGGCGGCGACGGCACUAGCAUGUGGGCGGACCUCUGCAAGAACGGGCAGGUCCGGGCCAGCGCCAUCGCACAGGACGCCGACCAGAACUACGACUACGCCAGUAACAGCGUGGUGCUGCACCUUGAUUCAGGGGACGAGGUGUACGUGAAGCUGGACGGAGGGAAGGCUCAUGGAGGCAACAACAACAAGUACAGCACGUUCUCGGGCUUUCUUCUGUACCCGGAUUAGAGGCGCCGGGAGCGCGAGGUGGGGUGGCUUCUGGCCGCCCUAUGCCAGUGGGAGCGCUCUGUUCUCUGUUCCUUGGCGAGGACCACUCCCGCUUCCUGACAUCGCUGGAAAAGACACAUCCCUGCUGUCCUUCCUGCCCCGCUUCCGACCUCAGUGUGUCUGCGACUCGCCACGCUCUGGACUGCGCUCAUGGUCUCUGUCCCCAGCCUAGGGCGGGAGAGCGGGACGCCAGAGCGGAGAAAUGAGCGUGAAUCUGAACCCCGGUGAGGCGGCAGCGCGGACUUCGCAAACCUGAUUGGACUCGACAGGCCCGGAGGGACGCCUGCCCUCUUCCAGUCCCCCUGCUCCUAGGAGUGCCCUGAGACUGAGGGCUCCCAGCCCGGGCCACCCGAGGGAGGCCAAAGUGAGCACGCGCUCCCUGGGGCGUCCUUCUCUGUGACCUGAAAUACUUGUGCAAAUGUCCCUGUCUAUAAGCCCAAAUCCCA